AUGGUGUAUCGUGUGGUAUUGAAUGUUGGCGGAAAAAGGUUCUACACCACAACGUAUGCGCUGAGGAACAGUCCAGGCCCAAACGAUUGGAGUAUUUUCAAUGGAAUGCGUUUUCCGCCCGGCAAAGAAAAAUUCAUCGACCGUGACCCGAAAUUGUUCGAAUACAUCCUAGAUUAUUUGCGCGACGGAAAAGUCCACAUUCCAAAAAAUGGCCGUCUCAUUGCACGCUUGGAACAGGAAGCUCAAUACUAUGGACUCCACCACCUUGCUGAGAAACUUCAUGAUGAGCUUCAGCCGUUCGAUGACGUUCUCACUAUUACGGCAAAUGCAGAAUGGGACUUGGAUGACUACGUGUACAGAGGAGGCGCACGCUUAAGCGAUUCUGAGUGA